UAACUAACAUUUAGGACCCAGACGUGCAUUUUAAUACAUUAGGAACCUACUUGACGCUUCUCGUAAACUUUAAGAAUCGCCCAUGCAUUUAACUCUUCCCGUAAUGUAAAAAUGCGCCUACUCGGCGUCAAACUUCCCGCCAUUUGCGCCACCACCAAGCCCCCGAUGCCAUCCUCGCCAGCGCCGCGCCGCCGCCCGCCGGCGGCGGCGACCAGCACCGCCCUCCUCCCGCGGCUCCGGCUCGCGGUCGGCCAUACCUCCCCGCGCCGCCUCCUCCUCCAAUCCCUAGCGCUGGUCCUCACCUCCAACCUCUCAUCCACCCACGCCGCCGUCUCCUCCCGCCUCCUCAACUCCCUCCUGCCGCACCUCCCCGCCAGCCACCCCCACCUCCUCCGCUUCCUCCCCUUCGACCACCUCACCCUCCUCCUCCUCUCCUCCGGCAGCCCCAACCGCCACACCAUCUACCCCCUCCCCGCCGCCUCAUCCCUCCACGCGCUCGCCGUCCGCUCGGGACACCUGCCCGCCGACCUCCGCCUCGCCAACUCGCUCCUGGCGCGCUACCUCGCGCACGGCUCCCACGCCUCCGCGCGCCGCCUCUUUGCCGACGUCCCCCGCCCCGACGCCGUCACCUGGAACACCCUCCUCCGCGCCUGCCUCCGCUCCGGCCUCCUCCCCUCCGCACGCCACCUGUUCGACCAAAUGCCCGUGCGCGACCUCGUCUCCUACAACUCCAUGCUGUCCGGCCAUGCCGCGGCCGGGGACAUGGACGGCGCACGGCAGCUGUUCGACGGGAUGCCCGAGAGGGACGUGGUCUCCUGGAACUCGAUGCUGGCCGGGCACACCCGCUGCGGAGACAUGGAGGAAGCCAGGAGGAUGUUUGAUGCGAUGCCGGAGAGGGACGUCGUGUCGUGGAACUCGAUGCUGGACGGGUACGCCCAGGCCGGUGACGUCCUGGCGGCGAGGGCCGUGUUCGACGGCAUGCCGAGGAGGAGCACUGUGUCCUGGAAUGUCGUCCUGGCGCUGUACGCGCGGGUGAAGAACUGGCGGGAGUGCCUGAGGCUGUUUGACGCGAUGAUGGCGGUGGGGGCUGCCGUGCCGAACGAGAAGACCUUCGUGAGCGUCCUGACGGCCUGCGGCAGCCUCGGUGAUCUCGAGAGGGGAAAGCGGGUGCACGACCUGGUCCGACAGAGGUGGGAGACGCUCGUGCCGGACGUCCUCCUGCUCACGGCGCUGCUGACUAUGUACGCCAAGUGCGGGGUGAUGGAGGCUGCGAGGGUGAUCUUCGACUCGAUGGGCGAGAGGAGCGUCCCGUCUUGGAACUCGAUGAUCAUCGGCUACGGGCUGCAUGGGCAGAGCGAGAAGGCGCUCGAGCUGUUCCUGGAGAUGGAGCGAACUGGGCCAAGGCCGAACGAGACGACCUUUGUCUGCGUCCUGAGCUCGUGCGCCCACGGCGGCCUGGUGCUCGAGGGCUGGUGGUGUUUCGACAGGAUGGUCAGGCUCUACGGCGUUGAGCCCAAGGCCGAGCACUUCGGCUGCAUGAUGGACCUCCUCGGCCGCGCCGGGCUGCUCACAGACUCCGACACCCUUGUCCAGAACCUGCAAGAGAAGGCGUCCCCUGCGUUGUGGGGCGCCAUGGUCUCGGCCUCUCGGGCGCAGAACGGCUCCAGGCUCGGGGAGUUUGUCGGGAAGAAGCUGAUCGAGAUGAGGCCGAAGGAGGUUGGCCCGUACGUGCUGCUCUCGAACAUCUACGCCGCGGAAGGGAGGUGGAACGACGUCGAGAAAGUGAGGGAGAUGAUGAAGGGGAACGGGGCCGAAAAGGACGUCGGGCUGAGCCUCGUUGGAUCAAGUGAACCAGAGCACCGUAUUGGUACUGAAGAUGGCGUUGUUCUGUCGAUGCUGGGCGAGAUUGGCGCACAUCUGAAGCUGCCGUCCGUGGAGCCCAAGCGCAUGGAAGGGAGGCUGUGACUAGGAGAUGUUGUGUGAGUGACUCCACCGGACCGGAGGGCAUGCAUGUUGCAGCCUCCCUUGAGCAAGAAGAUCUGACGCCUUGUAUGCCGUUGCUGAUCGUGGAGCCGGAGCAUCAGGCUCCUACUACACUACUGGUGCUUGUGUUGUGCCGGGGCCAAUGGCCGAAGAAAUGAAAGCCGGGAGUGACUGCUGGCUGAUGGGCAAGCCACGGAACUUGGAAAAGAGAUUUGUAGGUCGAAGGCUUGAGAAGGAAGACGAAGCAGAGUCAGUGGAGGUUCUUGUUGUGCUCCAGCUCUUUCCAGUGGGCGGCUGGCUACUCAACUGAUCAGGUGAUGCGAUGUGAUGAUGAUGGCAUCAGCUGAGCGACGGGCGGACGGACGGCGUCUGCAGCAAGCUGCAAGAGGUAUUUGUUCCUUGGACAGGGUAGGAUGCUAGCCAGCCUCGUGGGCAUGAGUGGACCGUCCGGUGGAAUUGGCAUUAGGAUCUGUAUAAUAGAAGGACGAGGGGAAAAGGAACAUGACAAGUGCGAGAGCAUAUUCCACCUCUUUUUUGACUAGGCAUAUUCCACCUGUUGGCAAACAUAUGCGUCCAACGUUUUCGUGACCACCAUUUGCCUCUAAGGAACAGUAAAAUUGUUGCAACUA